UAAAUCGGACAUGACGCUCUCAGUCCCGCUAUUUUGUUAAAAAGCCCGGUGAAAAUAUAACCUGCUCAUUCGCAUUUUAUUAAAUAAAUGUAGACUUUUAUCGUAUGUAAAAUAAUCUAUAAAGUCUUCUAAGCAAUGCUUUGACAUUGAGAUGUGUUUACGUUUUAAUCAAUUCUAUUUUUAAAUGUAUUGAGCUGCGCGUGAGUGAGAUUGUUUACACGCGGUUGUGUUAUUUAGUUCCUAUGUUAAGAGCCCAAUGUUUUCGCUAAAUGUUUGAACUCUUGCACCGAAUUUAGGAUUUUGAAAGGAUUCAUGGGCGUUCAGAACCCCAGAGAGCAUGUUUAGCUGAUGUGCGAAAAAGAAAGGAAAGCAAAGAUGACGAUGACUGCGCAUAAGAAUCGGCGGAUCCAGUACCUGGCGGCCUUUUCGGUGUCUUUGGCUUCUUUGACACUGGGCAUUUCAUCCGCUUGGCCCACGCCCGUGCUACCCAAGCUAAAGAAAGGGGGUUUAGAAAUCAGCGAUGCCGAAAUAGGCUGGAUGAUGGCAAUGUCUUCGCCAGGGUUCAUAGUGGGAAGCCUGGUCACGCGGUUCUUCGCCGACAGGUUCGGUCGGCGAGCAUCAGUCCUGAUCAGCGCGUGCCCCAUCGCCGUCGGCACGUUAGUGGUAGCGUUCGCUGUUAAGGCUUGGCUGCUCUACGUGACCAGGUUUUUGUGGGGGGCAGGAACUGGGAUGGUUAGCACAUUGGUGCCAAUGUACAUAGGAGAAAUAUCAGACUCUGAAGUGAGAGCAACUCUGUCGCUGUUCACACGGGUGAUGUUCAACCUUGGUAGCCUCCUGGUCAUGAGCAUUGGUAUGUUCGUCUCCUACGAAUGCCUCAACUACAUGCUCCUGGUAUUGCCCGGGGCUUACUUCGUGGCUUGCCUCUGGAUACCAGAGUCACCUUAUUAUCUGUUGAAGAGAGGAAGAGUGGGAGAGGCGAGAACAGCGUUGAUGGGACUUCGACAACAGAAGGAUGAGAAGGAGUUGGAAGAUGAGCUGGCUCGGUUGCAGGCCGAUGUUCGCAAUGAAACUCGUCGCUCCGGCUCGCUAAAGGAACUGAUGAUUGGUCGACAGUAUCGGAAAGCUGUGAUCAUCGCUGCAGGUUUGAAAGUGACUCAAAUAAUGACGGGUUCUAUGGCGGUACAACAGUACUUAAGUACAAUUCUUGAAGAGAGUAAGAUUACCAUGCAGAUGUCUACUGCCGUUAUUGUAUUCGGUGCUGUUCGGUUUGUUGUUGGUAUAAUGAGCUCCAUACUAGUGGACAGAGUUGGCCGGCGCCCCCUGCUAAUCUACUCUCUCUUGGGCACUGGUGUGUCCUUAGCUGCAGUCAGCACAUAUUUCUUCCUAAAAGAUAUCCUCGAACUAAACCAUGAAUCUCUGAGCCCUUAUUCUUUUAUUCCUUUUGCUGGCAUAAUCAGCUCCACAGUUCUUUCAACUUUAGGCUAUAACUCAAUUAUUUUUGUCAUCCCAGCCGAAAUUUUCCCUUUAAAUGUAAAAGCAGUAGCUCUGUCUUCACUUAGCAUAUUUGGAGGUGUGUGUGGGUUCACCUUAGCCAAGGGAUUCCAGGUGUUGCAGAAUCUGGCGGGGUUCUGCGCUGUGUUCUGGGUAUUUACAGGCGUAGCCUUUGCUGGAACAAUAUUUACCAUGUUGUAUGUACCUGAGACAAAAGGGAAAAGUCUAAAAGAUAUACAGGUUCUCCUGCAGGGAGACUUCUACUAUGAUGAUGGGUGUGAAAAGUUGAAUGAUGUUAACAAUGCUAAAAAUAAUGAAUGUGAGAAUGAGUUGCAAGAGAUAAACCUGAAGGAUGUUAAGUGUUAAUUGUUUAAUACCUAAGAUUAGUGUAAUAUUUUUAAUCAAACUGACAAUAAAUAUAUUUCUUAUAAGUAAUUGUAGAAAAAGUGGAUGGACUAGAUUGGUUGUUCAACUUCUCAAAAAUAUAGUAGGUAUAUAAUCUGAUCUGAUCUGUGAUACUAGGUUUGAUCUCAUUAUGGCUUGAUAAUUUUGAUAUGUACUUAUUACUAAACCUUCCACCCUCCUAUUAAGUAGGUAUUUAAAUCUAGCAAUCACAGUCAGCAUUGUGCGAACGUCAAAACUACUUUGCUCAGUGUACUCUUGAUACAUGAAUUGGUAGGAAGUGGAAAGACAUAGCACAUUUUGUACGGGCUGCACUAUAAUUGUAAUCGCUGCAUGAAACUACUACCUACAUUAAAAUUAGCGAUAUUAAUACGUCUGUAUGUAAUUUACCCUCGCGUGACUUUGCGGUCCUGUGCUAACUGCUUCGAGCAACACGGAAGGGAGGCGGCAUUCGCACUAUUUCCCCUCUGCCUAGGUACAAGAUCAACUGAUCUAGCGCGGGUAAUAAAACUAGUUGCGCUCUGAUUUUUCACUAGACCGAGUCCAGACACUCCAGACGCGCGCAUGAACACAGCAGCAGAAAAAAAUACUAAUUGCUCGGUUUUUUGUCGUAAAAAGAGGUCGGAGACAUUAAAUUUACAAAAAGAAGGUGUUACAUUUCACAUACUUCGACGAAAAUGUGUUAGUGUGCGUGUUGUGACACUUGUGACUCGUCCGUACACAAAAAGAGAUCGAGGUUUGCUAGAUUUGUCUUUGACGUGUGUCAUUUUCUAUGUAUUUGUGUCGUCAUUACAGAUUGGAUUUUGUAUGUAAGUGUGUGAGAAGUGCGACUGUGUGCACCUUUCCCCCCGCAAAAAAUGGUAGAAAGAUUUGUACGGUAAGAUAUCGCUUGGGCCCCUCCAUUCCGAUGUGUCGGAAGCCGGUGUUGCUCGAAGGCUAACUGUUACGACUUAGGUAAUCAAUACCAUGGUAUAAUAAUAUACUCCGCUUGGUACUCUCUUCCGACCACGUGACUGACACAAGCCUACGUCAUCAUGCGACAGCGCUAUAUGAUAAUAUAAAGUGGCAAUGUUAUUGUGACGUAGGCUUGUGUCACUCUGGGAAGAGAAGACCAUGUUUUAUUAGACUAUGAUCAAUGCAUAUUUCAAUACAUAAUUUUGUACCUAUGUAUUUAUUUUGGAGAUCUAUAUGGGUACCUA